CUGUUGCGGUGCGGGGCUGUUGCAGUGCGGGGCUGGUCAGCCGGAAGAUGUUUGGGCUCCACCUGCGCAGUGUAGCGGCGCUUUUCUGGAUUUGCGGCGGCGGCGGCAGCGGCGGUGGUUUUGCGGGUCUGGCAGCCUCCCAGAAAUGCGAUACACCACUGAUUGUGACGCUUCCUCACCCCUCCUUCACAAGCUCCUCUGUGAUGUCAAGCAGUUAUGUACCUGGCUAUGCUAAACUGAACAAGAGAGGAGGUGCUGGUGGCUGGUCCCCGCUGGACUCUGACCAUUACCAAUGGUUACAGGUGGACUUCGGAAGCAGGAAACAGGUCACUGCCAUAGCAACCCAAGGCAGGUACAGCAGCUCCGACUGGGUGACUCAGUACAGACUACUUUAUAGUGAUAAAGGACGAAACUGGAAACCAUAUCAUCAGGAUGGCAACAUUUGGGCCUUCGCUGGAAACAUCAACUCAGACAGUGUUGUCCGGCACGAUUUACAGCAUCCAAUCAUUGCACGUUAUGUACGCGUAGUACCCCUGGACUGGAAUGGUGAAGGCCAUAUUGGGCUGAGAAUGGAAAUCUAUGGCUGUCCCUAUUGGGCAGAUGUUAUCAACUUUGAUGGCUACAGCCUGUUGUCCUUCAGGUUUAAAAAUAAGAAAAUGCGAUCUUUAAAGGAUAUAAUUUUACUGAAGUUUAAAACGUCUGAGAACGAAGGCGUUAUAUUCCAUGGAGAAGGACAGCAGGGCGACUACAUAACGCUUGAAAUCAAAAAAGCAAAGCUGGUUCUUCAUGUGAAUUUAGGUAGCAAUCAAUUCCGUUCCAUCAAUGGCCACACCUCUGUCACUACGGGCAGUCUCUUGGAUGACCAUCACUGGCACUCUGUGACCAUCGAACGCUAUGGCCGUAACAUCAAUUUGACACUGGAUAGAGAGACCCAACAUUUUCGGACAAAUGGCGAAUUUGAUCACCUGGAUCUAGACUAUGAGCUGAGCUUUGGGGGAAUGCCAUUUUCUGGAAAGCCGAGCUCCAAUGGUCGAAAGAACUUCAAAGGCUGCAUGGAAUCUAUAAAUUACAAUGGAAAUAAUAUUACCGACCUUGCCAGGAGGAGGAAGCUCGACACACAAAAUGUGGGUAACCUGAGCUUUACGUGUGUGGAGCCUCAUGCAGUACCUGUCUUCUUCAAUAGUAGCAGUUACUUACAGCUGCCCGGGCGCAUGAACCAGGACGUGUUUUCUGUCAGCUUUAUGUUCCGAACUUGGAAUCCCAAUGGCCUGCUCUUGUUCAGCCACUUUGCUGCCAGUUAUGGAAUGGUGGAAAUUGACCUCAGUGAAGGAAAGGUCAGCAUUAACGUCAGCAUCAAUCAGACAAAGAUGAGCAGCAUCGAGAUCUCCGCAGGUGCAGAGCUCAACGAUGGCCAGUGGCACACUGUACGAUUUCUGGCCAAGGAGAACUUUGCCAUUCUCACUAUCGAUGGUGACGAUGCCUCCGCUGUGCGGACCAACAGCCCGAUGCAAGUCAAAACUGGCGACCAAUACUUCUUUGGAGGUUACUCGUUCCCACUGAAUGACAUACAGCCAAUUCCGUCUCAGCGUUCCUUUCAGGGUUGCAUGCAACUCCUUCAUGUGGAUGAGCAGCUGGUUGAUCUGCACGCUGUCGAGCAGGGAAAAGUGGGCAGUUUUUCCAAUGUUAACAUUGACAUGUGUGCGAUCAUAGACAGGUGUUUGCCAAAUCACUGUGAGCAUGGAGGGAGAUGCACCCAGACCUGGGACAGCUUUAAAUGCAACUGCGAGAGAACUGGAUACUCUGGAGCCACUUGUCAUAACUCUAUAUACGAACAGUCUUGUGAGGCAUACAAACAUCUUGGCAGAACCUCGGACACUUACUGGAUAGAUCCUGAUGGCAGUGGCCCACUCGCACCAUUCAAAGUCUACUGCAACAUGACAGAGGAUAAUGUCUGGACAACUGUGUACCACAAUAUGCUGCAACAGACAGCAAUUACUGGUUCCAGCCUGGAGAAACCCGCUGUCAUGAAACUGAAUUACAGCACUUCCCUGGAUCAGAUCUCUGCAGUCACCAGCAGUGCUGAGUACUGUGAACAAUAUGUAUCCUACACCUGCAGGAUGUCAAGGUUGUUGAAUACUCCAGAUGGCAAUCCAUAUACCUGGUGGAUAGGAAGAGGCAAUGAAAAGCACUAUUACUGGGGAGGUUCCGGACCCGGAAUACAGAAAUGUGCUUGUGGCAUUGAACGAAACUGCACUAAUCCAAAGCGCUAUUGCAACUGUGAUGCAGAUUACAAACAGUGGAGGAAAGAUACUGGACUUCUCGCUUAUAAAGAUCACCUUCCAGUCAGCCAGGUCCUAAUUGGAGAUACUAACCGCUCAGGGUCUGAAGCGAAGCUUGCACUCGGUCCACUGCGUUGCCAAGGAGACAGAAACUACUGGAAUGCUGCUUCAUUCAACACACCAUCCUCCUACCUGCACUUCUCAACUUUCCAUGGAGAAACUAGUGCUGACAUCUCCUUUUACUUCAAAACCUCAGCUCCUUACGGUGUCUUCCUCGAAAACCUGGGCAACACAGAUUUUAUAAGACUUGAGCUGAAAUCACCUACCGAGGUGACCUUUUCUUUUGAUGUGGGUAAUGGCCCAGUGGAACUUACAGUGAGAUCUCCAAACCCUUUGAAUGAUGACCAGUGGCAUCGAGUGAAUGCUGAACGCAAUGUAAAGGAGGCAAGCCUUCAAGUAGAUCAGCUGCGCAGGGACUUCAGAAAGGCACCAACCCAAGGUCACACCAGACUGGAACUCUACAGCCAGCUCUAUGUCGGAGCUGCUGGAGGUCAGAGGGGGUAUCUUGGUUGUAUCCGUUUCUUGCGGAUGAAUGGUGUAACUCUUGACCUUGAAGAGAGAGCAAAGAUUACUCCAGGAGUGAAGCCAGGCUGCUCCGGACACUGUACCAGUUAUGGCAUGUACUGUCGGAAUGGAGGGAAAUGUGUGGAGAAGUACAACGGCUAUUCAUGUGACUGCAGGCAAACUGCGUAUGAUGGUCCCUUCUGCACUAAAGAUGUCGGCGGCUUUUUUGAGGCUGGAACCUGGAUACGAUACAAUUUCCAGGCUUCCGUUGGUGUUGCUAAGGACUCGGUCAGUGUACCUCAGCCAUCCAGUUCUGAACUUACUCUGUCCAAAGAAGACCUGGUGUUCAGCUUCAGCACUACCAGCACUCCUAGCAUCCUCCUGUACAUCAGCUCCUACUUACAGGAUUACAUGGCCGUGGUUCUGAAGCACAAUGGAAGUCUACAGAUUCGGUACAGUCUAGGAGGUACGAAGGAACCAUAUAAGAUUGAUCUGGAUCAAAGGAACCUGGCUAAUGGGCAGCCACACAGUGUGAACAUCAGCAGACAGGGAAAAGAUCUGCUUCUUCAGCUGGAUCAUUACUCUCCAGUUCAUUACAGUCUGCCAGCCUCUUCAGACAUCAGGUUUAACUCUCUGAAGGCCCUCUUCUUAGGGAGAGUGAUGGAAACUGGAACGAUUGACAAAGAAGUACAGAGGUACAACACACCAGGAUUUGUCGGGUGUCUGUCAACAGUUCAAUUCAACCAUAUUGCACCCCUGAAGGCUGCCUUGAAGCCCAGCAUUUCUUCUCCAGUCAGUGUCCAAGGAGAAUUUGUUGAGUCCAAUUGUGGAGCAUCCCCUUUAACUAUUCCACCAAUGUCAGCAGCAACAAAUCCCUGGCAUUUAGACUCAGCGGGUGCAGAGUUACCCUAUAAUGAAGAGAAUGUUAUCACAGAUGGAGUCAAUCGAAACUCUGCAAUUAUUGGUGGUGUUAUUGCAGUUGUCAUCUUCACCAUCCUUUGCACACUAGUCUUCUUGAUCCGUUAUAUGUUCCGCCACAAAGGGACCUACCAUACCAACGAAGCCAAGGGUACCGAGUCUGCCGAGAACGCUGAUGCAGCUAUAAUGAACACUGACCCCAACUUCACAGAAACUAUCGACGAGAGUAAAAAGGAAUGGUUCAUCUAACAGGAUUGUUGGGAGUUUAUCCUCUGGUGUAUUUUUUUGUUGCCGAUUCAGGAAAGAUCAGCACAAAUGAACCCAAAUGGAAAACAUGCGGAAAAAAAUAGGAUUCAAAUGAAAACAAAAGAUAAGAUAUGAUGGAUUACCACCAGUUUUGAAAAGAAUUUUCCCAAGUAUGUCAGUACUAAUCGUAAUGCAUUUACACUUCAGAAAAAAAAACAAGCUGAUAGUAUAGAUUAUUACACAUAUGCCAAAUACCCAUUGUAAAUAUGUUUUAUGUAGAGCAUACAAGUAUAGAGUAUACGUUUUUGUUGCUGAAGAAGCUUAUGAAGUUAUUGCAUUUUACAAUGAAAAAUGGUAAUUCAUCAUUGUUAAGAGUUUGUGCAAAGAAUGAUUUGGCAUGCUGUGGUAUAUAUAAAAAUUGGUGAAAGUUUUUUUAAUUACAUUUCCAUUCAAGCUGUUCACACAUUUCUCUUUUUUUUAAUUUUGUUGUAAAAAAUAUUUUUUUUUAAAAAGCACUAUUCAACAGCCAGAGUUAAGUAAAUCCGAUCACUUAAACUGCUUGUUUGUGCCCAAGCUCUCAUGUAUAUGUAGAUACGUGUGACCAUAGUGUAUGUUGGAAGCCAUACACUUGUCCUUUCCUCAUUCACGAGACUUUGCUAAAUUCUGCCCAGAGAAAAUACUGAAGUGUACACAACAAAUAAUGUUAAGCUGUCAUUUGUUAACAAGACUUCUGUUAUUUACCUUAUACCACUGUAUAUAUUUUUUAUUCUUAUAUUUUAUAAAUGUUCAUUAUCUUGUCCAUUUCUAGCCUUUUAUGGUAAAACCUUUUUGUGUGGUGACGGUAAACAUUGUUUCAGCUAUUAAGAAAUUGCUGCGUAGGCAAGGAGACAGUCACUGCUACUAACUAUUCCCGUGAGGCACAACAGGUUUUCUUGCAUGCUUGCAGACCUGAGGAUAUUUACAUUGUGAAAGCUCAGAGGUACCUGUAUAUGCCUUCAGAGAGAUGGGAUCUGAUCCAUUGUUUUCCUAAUUAGGAAGCACACUCUUACACAUGGUGUUUUCUGUUCAGGAACUUAGGAUAGUUUAUAAAUUUUUAAAUUUCCAAACUGUGUCAUGCCUUAUUUUAAGUAUGUACUGUAGUUUGGUUUAAAAAAAAGGAAAAAAAGUACAUUAAAAGAGCCUUGCUGUAAAUUUGUGUGCCCUUGUUGCUUUU